ACAAGGUAUGCCAGUCGGUGGGUUCGCUGCAACCUGUAGCUUCCCUGCGUAUCCUGCUUAUCAGUUCAAACCCCGCUUCUCCGCUAAUUAGCCUCGGACGGACCCACCAGUGACUUAAUUCCUGAUCAAGUUCAAUUCGACGACAUGUUCUUAUUAUCAGGCAGAAGCAACCUCGCAUUUAUGGAUUCCUUCUCGCAUUGAAACUCUGACCACCAACCCAUUGAAUGCAAGAGCAUGUCUGACGCUCACAGGGAAGGUUUGCCGCUUGCAAAGCGGCGGCGCGUGGCUCUGGCAUGCAGCGCAUGCCGCACUCGAAAGUCAAGAUGUGAUGGACGGCGGCCAUCCUGCUCGACAUGUACAGCAUUGACGCUCGAGUGUUUAUAUGAUCCGCCAGAUUCAGCAGCCAAUGUACUGGUGCGGAAAGAAUACGUCUCAGAGCUUGAGCAACGCCUGAAGCAUGUGGAAUCCCUGCUACGGCGACAUGACGAUCUACUGACGGGACACCUUGCCUCAUGCUCAACGAGUGCACCCCAGUUCCUCACGGGACGCGCUGGAGAUCGGGCGAGCGUGUCCAGCGUCGACCACGCACAGGGCGGAAUUCACCUCAACGCACUGGACGUGGACGAUGCAGAAUCUGACGAGACAAAGACCGAUGGCCUUGCCAUCAAAUUUGUGGAAGAGCCAACCCCGGUCUACUACGGUCGAUCCUCCAGCAUUGCAUUCACUCGAUGCUUACUGCGGGCCAUGUCUGUGGCGCCGAGGACCAAGCAGACCGAAACCCCAAUCUCUUGUAGGGAGGCCGGCUCCGUCGACUGCAGGCCCGCGGAUCCCGCGCAGCAAUACUCCCCGUCGGUGCUGGAUUCUCCCAAAAGCGAGUGUGUCUCCGCCACGGCCUUGCCCUCAGAGGAUGAAAUGGAUACAUUGCUCACAGCUUACUUCAACGCUUGGGGGUCGCUUUUCCCGUUCCUUCAUGAGCCGACCUUCAGGCAAAUCUAUGAAGAUUGCAAGGCUAAUGGAUUCAGAAAGGCUCGUCGAACCUGGCUGGGCCUGCUAAAUAUGAUGUUCGCAAUGACUACCAACAUUGAUCAAAGAGCAGAGGUGUCGGCCAAGCAGCGGUUCAGGAAAUCUUAUGUCUUUUUCCAGCGUGCAGUGGCUCUUUGCAGCGAAAUAGCAACGCGAGCUAUUAGCCUCGACAUUGUACACUACUUUCUACUAGCGGCACUCUAUCUGCAAGGCACUCAGCGGUCGAUCCAAAUCUGGACAGUACAUGGGAUGCUAGUGAGAGCUGCAAUGGCGCUGGGCUUGCAUUCUGAGCAAGCGGCCCAGGGACUUCAUCCCAUACAGGAAGAAAUCCGCCGUCGUACAUGGCUUACAAUAUAUUGCUUAGAUAAGUUGCAAAGCAUUACUUCGGGACGGCCGCCAUCCAUACCAGAUGAGUACAUUGUUGUGAAGAUGCCUUCACCAUGGAAAACGACCCCGCACCCGAUACAGGGUCAACUCGGGGAUGUGGACAUCGAGACAGGAUUUCUCAGUGCGACUGUGAGGCUCUAUCGGAUCAUGGGACGAUCCGUCGCCACACAAUACGGCCUCAAUUUGGGAGUUCCUGAUCAGGAGAUGGAUGAGAGUACAGCGAUACAGGCGGCAAGCGCAAUGCGACAGGAGCUACGGCAAUGGAUCUCUAACCUCCCACCAGCGCUCGCUAUAGUAGCCCCGUGCGAAGCUGCAUCAACAGGUUCGCAUGAGAUGACGUACUCGAAUCGGUUGCGGGUGAUCCUGACCCUCCGGUAUCAUUUCGCCAACAUCCUGAUCCACCGCCCACUGCUCUGCGCGACGCUCGGCUAUUUGACAGUGCAAGGAGCAUCUGUAGCAGGCAAUUUGCCGUAUAGACUUCGACUCGCGGUGGCCGAAGCCCACGAAUGCAUACAAUCUGCCGAGAAGACGAUCGAAAUAGUUCAUGCAAUCCUGACCACGAAAGAUCCACGGUCCAUUGGCCUGGAUGUAUGGUUCUUCACGUUGUUCUAUGUCCUGAACUCGGCUUUGGUUAUCCUCGGCCGAUCAGUCCUAUCUCAACACGGUGUCUAUACAAAUGACUCAAGCAACUCGGCCGAAGCUCGUCUUGCUCAGGCCUUAGAAGCUCUAGACAGAUUGGACAAGGAUAAUCGUCAAGUCUACAACUGCGCCAAGUUCAUCCGGCAACUUUUGGAGCCACAGAAUGGUCAAGCCAGCGGACAGGACCCUAAGUCUCAAGCAGAUAAAGGCGGCCUACCCUACGAGCACACAUUGCCCACCCUUGGAGUACCACUUCUCAGCGACCCAGAUAUGGCUCAGUUUUCGAGCCCACAUCUUUUGGAUUACUCUGUUGAGGAGUUUAACUUAAACCUUGAGCACUUGAAUUAUUCGUACUGAAGAAUACCUGAAAGCUUGCUAGAACAUUUACCGGCUUUGCUGCUUGCCAAGUGGCAGCAGAAAGUGAGAUCCAAG